GAUCUUUGUCGUUGCUGGUUUUUGACAGCGGCGGGGGAGCUGGUGAGGAGAGCGGAGGAUCUGUGUGGACCACAGCUUGCUGCUGCAGCGGCUGAGGGGGGACGGACUAACACUGGCCGGGCACAGUCCCUCAGACACACACCUCAUCAAUUUCUACAGCAUCAACACACACUCACUGCCAGGGGAGGAAUCAGGAGCCGGGUUGCAUCAGACGGUUUGAACCACUUCCUGAAGACAGAUAGCGGCUGAGAUUAAAUCCUCACAGUGUGGAUUCAGACUUUGUCACUCCGUUGACUGCCCUGAUCGCGUCGUUGAAUCUGGACAGAAGGUUUUCAUCGUGACACACCUGACCAUGGACAGGAACAGGAAGUGGGUGCCAGGCUUCGGAGCCGUGUUAUUGAUAUUCUUGAGUCACACAACCUCAGCGCUGGAAGUGCCUCUUGAUCCUAAAGUACUGGAAGGAUUGCCCCAACCCCCCACUAUAACGCUACAGUCCCCAAAGGAUUACAUCUUUGAUCCGCGGGAGAACAUUGUCAUCCACUGCGAGGCCAAGGGGAAGCCUCAUCCCAGCUUUUCAUGGACAAGAAAUGGGACCCACUUUGAUGUAGAGAAAGACUCCAAAGUCCUGAUGAAGCCUGGUUCAGGAACUCUGGUCAUUGACAUCAGCGGGGAAAAGGCUGAGGCCUAUGAGGGAACAUACCAGUGUACGGCACACAACGAGCACGGCACCGCUGUAUCCAACAGCAUUUUCAUCAGACAGUCCAGGUCCCCCUUGUGGUCGAAGGAGAGAAAUGAGGCCAUUGUGGUGCAGAUGGGGGUCUCCCUAGUGCUGCAGUGCCGACCCCCUGCAGGGCUGCCCCCUCCUGUCAUCUUCUGGAUGGAUAACAACUUCCAGAGGCUUCCGCUGGAUAAACGAGUGUCCCAGGCUCUAAAUGGAGAUUUGUACUUUUCCAACGUUCUCCCAGAAGACACCAGGAAUGACUACAUCUGCUAUGCUCGCUUCCCUCACACACAAACCAUCCAGCAGAAACAGCCCAUCUCAGUCACCGUGCUGGACAACAGCCCAGAUGGGGAGCGUCGCCCCGGUUUCAUGACGCCUCUGGGCAUCACCAGCACCAAGAUGGUUCUGAGAGGGGAGACUCUGGAGCUGGAAUGCAUUGCUGACGGCUUGCCCACUCCAGAGAUCUCCUGGCAGAAGGAUGGAGGAGAGCUGCCGAGCAGCAGGAUGUCCUUUUAUAACUUCAAGAAAACGCUUAAGGUUUCUGACGUGAAUGAAGCUGACGCUGGGGACUACCGCUGUACAGCCACAAACAAGCUGGGCACUGCACAACACAUCAUCAAGGUCUCUGUUAAAGCGGCUCCUUUCUGGGUCAGCGCUCCCAGGAACCUGAUCCUCGCCCCGAAUGAGACCGGCAUCCUGACUUGUCGAGUCAACGGAGAACCCAAACCCAAGAUUAGCUGGUUUGUCAAUGGAGUCCCCAUAGAGAACGCACCCGAGGACCACAGUCGGAAGGUGGAUGGUGACACCGUGAUUCUUAGCUAUGUGCAAACUGGGUCCAGUGCUGUCUACCAGUGUAACGCAUCCAAUGAAUUUGGUUACCUGUUGGCAAACGCUUUUGUCAAUGUUCUUGCCGAGGCACCAAGGGUGCUUACUCCACCCAACCGAGUGUACCAGGUCAUCGCCAAUAACCCUGCAUUACUUCACUGUGCCUCCUUUGGAUCACCUAUACCAACCAUUACAUGGUUCAAAGACAGCCAGACCAGUGUUAAGAAUGGUGACCCUUAUGUAAUCCAUGAGAAUGGUACAUUGGAGAUCCAUGUGGCCCAGCCACUACACAGUGGGAAGUACACCUGCAUUGCCUCCAACAACCUGGGGAUCAAGGAGAACCAUGUCUACCUGGAGGUUAAAGAGCCCACCCGUAUCCUGAAACAGCCAGAGUACAAGGAUGUACACAGAGGAAUGAGCGCUGUGUUCGAGUGUAAAGUUAAACAUGACCCAUCCCUUAUUCCCACUGUGAUCUGGCUCAAAGAUAAUGGAGAGCUGCCUGAUGAUGAGAGGUUUGAUGUGGACGUGGACAGUUUGACCAUCAGAGAUGUGACAGAUGAAGAUGAGGGCACCUACACCUGCAUCCAGAACACCACCCUGGACCAGGACUCAGCCAGUGCUAUGCUGACUGUCGUAGAGCCAACUCCUACUCCAGCUAUUGUCUACGGGAACCCUGACCCUCCGACGGACCUGGAACUGACUGACCAGACAGAGAGGAGCGUUCAGCUCACCUGGACCCCCGGAGAUGAACACAACAGUCCCACACAGAAGUUUCUGAUCCAAUAUGAGGAUCUGCUCCACCAGCCAGGAGUUUGGGUCAACCUGACAGAUGCUCCUGGUACUAGCACCACGGUGCAGUUAAAGCUCUCUCCUUACGUCUACUACUCCUUCAGAGUCCUGGCUCUGAAUGGCGUUGGCUACAGCCAGCCUAGCCAGCCGUCAAGCCAAUACAGGACCAACCCUUCAGCUCCUGAUGAAAAUCCAUCAGAUGUUCAGGGAGUGGGAACAAAGCCUGGCAACUUGGUCAUCUCCUGGACACCACUGACAGGAUUUCUGGCUAAUGGGCCCGGUCUGGAGUACAAAGUGCAAUGGAGACAAAAGGACGUGGAUGAGGAUUGGUCCUCAGAGACUGUGGCCAACGUUUCCCAGUUUGUUGUCUCUGGAACUCCAACGUACGUGCCCUACGAGAUCAAGGUUCAAGCUUUGAACGAUUAUGGCAGCGGCCCAGAGCCUGAAGUAGUGAUUGGAUACUCUGGAGAAGACUUGCCUUUGUCUGCUCCUGAUAGUGUGCAGGUCAUGGUUCACAACAGCACACUCGCGGAAGUACACUGGGAGCCUGUUUCUUUCCAAUCAGUUAGAGGGAAACUCCAGGGAUACAAGGUAUACUUCCGACGCAUUCGUGGCUUGCAUGAGACAGAGGACACAGAGCAGCAGGAGCAGGUUUUGACGUUCAGUGGGAAUCGUAGCGAGGGACGUCUGCCAGGCCUCCAGCCUUACAGCCUCUACAACCUCACCAUCAGGGUCCUUAAUAUCAAAGGAGAAGGGCCUCCUAGCCCCAGCAAGACAUUUGAGACACCUGAGGGAGUCCCAGGGCCUCCUUCUUUUCUGAAUGUCGUAAACCCUGGUUUGGACUCUCUCACUCUGGAAUGGGGACCACCAAUGAACAACAAUGGACGCCUCACUGGAUACACACUAAAAUACCAACCAGUCAACAACACCAAUGAACUGGGGCCUGUCAAGGUAAUCAACUUCCUUGCCAACGAGACCACCAUUACCCUGGGCAACCUGAACUCUAGCAUGCUCUACAAGUUUUACAUGAGUGCAAAGACAAUAAAGGGCUCUGGCCCCAUCAUCACAGAGGAAGCCUUCACAGCCAUGGACACAACUCGUACUCAGCCCACUGUAGAGAUGGGCAAAGGCCCUACAGAGCCCCCUCACCCAACCUCCCCCAUCACUCAGUCUCCGCACCCCCCGUUUCACAAGGUGCCGCCUGUAGGCCCUGCGUUUGGCAAAGUUAACACGUCCACGUUGGAGGACGGUGCAGUGAUCAGUUGGGAUUACUUUGGACACCAUAAGAAUGUAUAUGUGGAAUAUGUUGUAGAAAACAGUAAAGAGGACUGGAAAAGGGAGUUGGUAAAUGGUUCACACUGGCAUAUGAUAAAAGGUUUAAAGCCGGGGACAUCCUAUAAGGUGCGAGUGGUAGCUAGAGACCCAGCUGACCCGACGGUUCACAGCACAGACGAAGUGUUGGUUGCGGUGCCAGCUGUACCCAGCCGACAGGUAGACAUUGCCACCCAGGGCUGGUUUAUUGGACUGAUGUGUGCCAUCGCUCUCCUCAUCUUGGUCCUUCUCAUAGUGUGCUUCAUCAAGAGGAACAAGGGUGGCAAAUACCCAGUGAAAGAGAAAGAAGAUGCUCACCAAGACCCAGAGAUCCAGCCUAUGAAGGAGGAUGAUGGUACAUUUGGAGAGUACAGGUCUAUGGAAAGUGACACAGAGGACCACAAGCCGCUGAAGGGCAGCCGGACACCAUCCAACGGGACGGUGCGCCGCGACGAGAGCGAUGACAGCCUGGUGGACUACGGGGAGGGCGGGGACGGACAGUUCAAUGAAGACGGCUCCUUCAUCGGCCAGUACAGCGGCAAGAAAGAGAAAGACACACACGAAGGCAACGAGAGUUCGGAGGCCCCGUCGCCUGUCAACGCCAUGAACUCGUUUGUCUAACGGAGGGCCCGUGGCAUGGCUGCGACGGUUUGCUGCGGCCACUCCUUGUCACCCUGGCAAAUGUGACCAUAUCUGUGGUGACAGUUGCUAAGGUGACAUUCGUGGACACCUACUUUUACCAUGGUGGCUGUCACUCCGGUGGCCCCUCGCCAUGGCUACCUGUCAUCAAGACUGCUGACACGCCCUCAUCUCCACAUCGCCAGCCCCUGUCACACUGUGACUUCCUCUGAUCUACACACACACACACAACGUGGCAAAGACCGACACCGCAUCCCCCAUAACCAAUGAAAGGAAGGAUGUGAGGACUCCGAGAAGAGGGAAGGAAAGAGGAAGCAAUAUAGAAAAGCAGAAGGAAUGUACUAGGGAGUUUUACCACUUAGACUGAGCAGAAGUGUGUGUGUGUUAGUGCCAUUUCAUCUCCUUUGCAAACAUUCAUAAACAUGAUGUAUCCACAUAAUCCAAAUAUAUAUAUUUUAUCAAAGUACAGUACAUGACCCGCAGGCAGACAAAUAUGCAUUGAAUCACGUUCGUCACAUGCAUGGAGUAAAUCAUGAUUCUAUUCAGCAUUUUACCACCCUCGUGUUGCAGAGGUGAGCUGUGGUUGAGGCUGUAUAUGGUGCACGUCUACUAGCGACUGGGUAUUCCUCUUGUUUGUUGCCAGUCAAAGUGUUAAAUGGCGUAUGUUAUAUAGAGGAAAAAAGUCCUGCAGGGUCUUUAGUGGAUACUGCUGUGAAAUGUGUGACUCAAAGUAGAGGCUAGCAUAUGUCUUGUUGAGACAGAUGAACUGUGUAUGUAAAAGAAUAAGAAGAAAGCUAUGUUUUAAGGCCAGGGUUGUCCAUUUGUAGUUAUUGGAAACCUUGGAAACACUUUGAACUCAGCGUUCGGUCACCAGCCAGCCAACCAAAAGUCCCACAUUUAUAUCAAAAAAAGUUUUUAGCCUCACGGUUUGUCAAACUUGUUCUUUGCUUGUAUUUCUUUAUUUUUUUGCUUUCACUCCCAAUCUGUUACUUUACACCAAGCUUAUGCUUCUGGCUACUGAGCACUAACUGAACACAGCUGUGAUUGAUCGAUCCAGUGUCAUUGUUAAGUGCGUCCACCCCCCCCCAAAUCGUGGCCACUGUGCACGCCUUCCUUUAGGCAAUCGUGGUAUUGUCAAAGCUACCCCAACAUUGUCUCCAAUAGCAUUUCCACCUAUGUAAUGUCAGGAAAAAAAAGAGAAAAAUGAUGCCGUUACAUACAAUAGAUGCACCUGAACAGGGUUAAGUGGUACCCACUUUUAGUUUCUGGAUGUUUAGAUUUUGAUGAUCAAGAACCUCUCAGCACGGUUUCUAGUGCCUUCGUAGAGAACAGUGACUUAGAUCCAUGGAGUUACAUCCCUCUUCAUACACAGGACAGACCAGGGAUCUACCACCCCAUAUUACUCAAUAGACAACUUGGAAAAAUAAGCUCUGUUUCAGUAUGUGUUCCUAAGGGCGUGUUCAAACUAAGGCCUUUUAGUUUGAGCUAUAUUGUAUUGUCACCAAGUCUUUAAAACAGUUUGUGAAACAUCCAUGUGGGCUUAUUGACUUAAAAUACCCUCUUUGAGUCUCACUUUAGGGUCCAGGGUUCCUACACAGGGCUGAAAGCUAUUUAAAAAAUGACAUGGCAUUAGUUGCGAGGAAUAAUUUUCAGCUAUAGAUUGUUAUGGCCUUGUUGACAAUCAUCACCAGUAAUUAUCAGCCCAUAUGGUAUGCAAACAGACCGCCAAAUCAUACCAUCCAUCUAAGAAUGAAAGGAAAUGUGUGGAAUAUUAAAAUGUGUAGGGAACCUGAGUUCAAAGCAUUUACACCUCAUGAGAUGUCUUCAUGUAUUCAUUUCAAACAUGCUCCUCGGAACACAUUCGUCUUGAGGAGGAGCCGCUGCUUCAGCAGCACUUAUUUACUGCCAACCUACUCACCAGGUAACAGCCUACGGCAACCAGAAUCACCAUCUGGCAUAGACUACUAUUCAAACGGGACUUUCUGUCACUGGUAGCACUUAGAAAUGAAGGGGUCGGAAAAAUAUGCGUAAUGAUACUGAAUGUGGAAGCAAGUGUGUAUGUGGAUGAAAAUAUUGCUUGUUUCACUGCAAAUGGUAAAACACACUGGUGACUUUGGUUUAUGCAUUUAACCUUAUAUCUGUGUAUGUUGUCACGUUCUGAGGGCAGCACUUAGUGAGUUUUCUAUUCCUGUGUGUGUGUGUGUGUGUGUGUGUGUGUGUGUGUGUGUGUGUGUGUGUGUGUGUGUGUGUGUGUGUGUGUGGGGCACAUGCAUGCUACUGCGUUACAGCGUGCGUGAUGUAUAAUAUCGCUUUUCCAUGUAUAACAGUCUAUAAUUCUGAUGUGUCUGAGAUACAAGAGCUUUUUUUCUUCUUCCAGAGAACAUUUCCACGUCUUAGGUUUAUCAUAACUUGCAUCAAGUUUUUAGGUUGCAAUGUGUCCGCUUUCCACUUGUAGAUAUUUUUGUUGUACUUUGUAAAUAAUGGCUUGACUUGAGAGCAGACGCGUUGAGGUCAGGGGUGAGGGCUCGACCACAAUCAGCCCCACUGCAUUAUGGGUAGGAGGGCGUUGUGUGAGAUGAGACUAUUUACAGUUUUCACUCUUUUCAUUUGCUGUGAAAUUUCUUUCAUUUCUUUCUUUCUUUUUUUUUUUAAACUUGUCAGGUGAAUUUGCUAGCUCAAAUGUUUAGCCUAUCAGGUAUCAAAGGAGAUUAUUUAACUUGUGACUGAGCUCUUGUGACACCUGUAUUGUUUCUGUCUCUGACAGUUCAUGCACCUUUUCUGUAUUUUUUAUAAAAAGGCACAAACUUAAACAGGAUGUGCUGUGUUAAAAUACAUCUGUGCAUCUAGUUUACGACAGCAUCUGGUAUCUGAACGCAGCAUGAUGUACCAAACUAGACAUCAGAUGAAACUGACACAUGCUUUUAAGAGUGUGCACCUAAAAAAAAAAC